AUGGCGGAGGGCGAAGAGAAGAACGGGAUUAUUGAUUCGAUACCUUUGUUCGCGAAGGAGCUUAUUGCCGGCGGCGUCACCGGCGGUAUUGCUAAAACCGCCGUCGCUCCACUCGAGCGAAUUAAGAUUCUGUUCCAGACCAGAAGGGACGAGUUUAAAAGGAUUGGACUCAUUGGAUCCAUCAACAAGAUUGGCAGAACUGAAGGUUUGAUGGGUUUCUACCGUGGGAAUGGUGCAAGUGUUGCUCGGAUAGUUCCUUAUGCUGCUCUUCAUUACAUGGCUUAUGAGGAAUACCGGAGAUGGAUCAUCGUCGGUUUCCCAGACACUACUCGAGGCCCAUUGCUUGAUCUUGUUGCUGGGUCAUUCGCUGGUGGCACCGCGGUUCUAUUCACUUAUCCUCUUGACCUGGUCCGGACAAAACUGGCUUAUCAGGUUGUUGGUUCAACAAAGGCGCAAACGAAAGUGAUUAUUCCCCUGGAACAAAUUGUGUAUAGAGGAAUUGGCGAUUGUUUCUCGAGGACAUACAGAGAAUCUGGGUUCCGAGGCCUAUAUCGUGGUGUAGCUCCUUCUAUGUAUGGGAUCUUCCCCUAUGCUGGUUUGAAGUUCUACUUCUACGAGGAGAUGAAACGCCAUGUCCCUGCAGAACAUAAGAAUGACAUUUCCCUGAAACUCGUAUGUGGAUCGGUCGCUGGAUUGCUGGGUCAGACCGUAACGUACCCUCUCGAUGUUGUCAGGAGACAAAUGCAGGUUGAGAGACUAUCUGCAGCCGUUAAGGAAGAAACAAGACGAAGAGGAACAAUGCAAACCCUUUUCAAGAUCGCUAGAGAAGAAGGUUGGAAGCAACUCUUCUCUGGGCUAAGCAUCAAUUACCUUAAGGUUGUGCCGUCCGUGGCAAUCGGCUUCACAGUGUAUGAUGUUAUGAAGCUGCACUUAAGAGUCCCGUCACGUGAGGAAACAGAAGCAACAAAGGCUGUGACAACAAGGUAA